AUGGAAAAUGAUGAGCAACCGGUACCAGUGCAGAAACUUCUUGAAGAAGAGGAAGUAGAAUAUGCUAAAUCAGAAAAUACCUUAACUGAUACUCUACGAUCAUGUUGCUUCGUCCCUCAACGUUAUAUAUUAAGCAUCACAGGCUUGUUGGGAGUAUGCAAUGCAUAUACUAUGCGUGUUUGUCUCAAUUUAGCUAUCACUCAGAUGGUUACAUUCAACAAAACUUCAAACAAUUAUUUCGAUGAAAACGCUUGUCCCAGUGAUAAUGUAAUAAACAAUAUUACAACAUUCGACAUUGAGAAAUCGUACAAAACCUUUGACUGGGAUCAGUCUACGCAGGGCCUUAUAUUAAGUGGUUUUUACUAUGGAUAUGCAGUCACACAAGUGCCCGGUGGCUACUUAGCUGAGAGAUUUGGUGGUAAAUGGAUUCUGGGAGUAGGAUUAUUGAGUACAGCUAUAUUCACUUUCCUCACUCCUAUUGUGGUCAACGUAGGUGGUGCAACGUGGUUGUUCAUACUUCGAUUUCUGCAAGGAAUGGGAGAGGGCCCAACUAUGCCAGGUCUCAUGCUUAUAUUAGCUCGAUGGAUACCUCCUCAAGAAAGGUCUCUCCAUGUAGCCCUUGUCUUUGGAGGAGCGCAAAUCGGAAAUAUCUUCGGUUCCUUCAUGUCUGGUAUUCUACUAUCAAAUGGAAGGGAUUGGGCUUAUGUGUUUUAUUUUUUCGGUGGAUUUGGAAUUGUAUGGUUUAUAUUGUGGGCUUUAUUAUGCUACAGUACCCCAAAUACACAUCCAUACAUCUCGAAGAAGGAGUUAGAGUAUUUGAAUAAUAACGUCACGAUUGCUGAGAAUCACAACGCUAAAGAUCCAGUACCGUGGAAAGGGAUGUUGCGGUCGGGACCUGUCUGGGCACUUAUAUUCGCUGCUAUUGGUCACGAUUGGGGUUACUACAUAAUGGUUACGGAUCUUCCAAAAUACUCUCACGAUGUUCUCAAGUUCGAUAUAGCCACCACCGGUACACUGACUGCCCUACCCUAUAUUGCAAUGUUGGUUAGCUCAAUACCAUUUGGCAUGAUCUGUGACUUCUGCAUUAAGAAAGGUUGGCAUUCUGUCAAGACUGGAAGAAUUAUUUAUACUACAAUAGCUGCUACGGGUCCUGCUAUUUGCAUUGUCCUAGCAUCAUAUGCUGGAUGUGAUCGCAUUGCUGCCAUGGUUUACUUCGUAUUAUCUAUGGCACUUAUGGCCGGUUUUUACAGUGGUAUGAAGGUGAACGUGUUAGACCUUGCUCCCAACCACACAGGAACUUUAACUUCACUUCUAAAUACCAUUUCUACAUUUGCUGGUAUGUUAUUGCCGUACCUGAUUGGAUUGAUGACGCCAAAUUCUACACUAGUAGAAUGGCGUGGUGCAUUCUGGGUGUGCUUCGCUGUGCUAGUGGGCACUAAUGUGGUGUACUGCAUUUGGGCAGAUGGCCAGCAACAGUGGUGGGAUGACGUCAGGCAAUUCGGGUAUCCACCGAACUGGAAACACGGACCUAUUAUUAAGGAAAAUAUUCCUGACAAACAAGAAUCUGAAUCUGAAAAAUUAUGUCAAGACCAAAAUGAUUCAAAAUGUUAAUUAUUUAGUUUACUUAUAUUAAAUAUAGCGAAUUUUAUUCAUAGAUAUUCAAUUAAAAAUGGAUAUUUAAA